AUGCCUCCCAAAUGCAAAGUAGCUGCCAUCCAGGCCGAACCAUGCUGGAACGACUUGAAAGGGAGCAUUGCCAAAACGAUUGGGUUGAUCCAAGAGGCUGCUGGUAACGGCGCCAACGUCAUUGGUUUCCCCGAGAUCUUCAUCCCGGGCUACCCAUGGACAAUUUGGGCAAACUCGCCAGUCAGCAAUGCUGUUUUUAUGAGCGAGUAUUUUGCCAAUUCUCUUGAGAAGGAGUCUGAGGAGAUGGAACAAAUUAAGACAGCUGUUCGUGAUGCGGGAGUUUUCAUUGUGCUUGGAUACAGUGAGAGAUAUCAAGGCACCCUCUACAUUUCCCAGUCAUUUAUCGACGAGACCGGCACCAUUGUUCUUCAUCGACGAAAGAUCAAGCCAACCCACGUUGAGAGAGCAUACUGGGGCGAUGGGCAAGCCGAUUCCGUCAAGGCUGUCGCCCCCUCCUCAUUCGGCAAUAUCGGUGGCCUGAACUGCUGGGAGCACACUCAACCCUUACUGCGUUACUACCAGUAUUCUCAAAACCUGGAUAUCCAAGUUUCCAGCUGGCCUCUUUGCUGGGAUGCCCUGGAGGGCCAACCUUGGCCAUAUCACUUGACACCGCCUGCUUGCAACAGAUUCUCACAGGUCAUGGCGAUGGAAGGCGCCUGCUUUGUCUUGGUCUGCUCCCAAGUGCUAACAGAAGACAGCAAGGCCAGGACAGGAUUGGAAAAGUUCGAUUAUGCGAGGGCCCCAGGUGGCGGCUUCAGCAUGAUCUACGGGCCUGAUGGCUCUGAGCUGUGCAAGCCGUUGGAAGCAGGAGAGGAGGGGAUUCUAUAUGCUGAUGUUGAUCUUUCAUUCCGAGCCAUGAUGCAGCAGAACCUCGAUCUGGUGGGACAUUAUUCACGACCUGAUUUGCUUAGUCUUAAUGUGACGACAGAGACUGCAGUUCCGAUUCGUCACAAGUAA